AAUGAACAUGAUGAAUUGACUCUUGAAAUGAGUCAACAAACAAACAUCUGGGGCGAUUACUGGCAGAUCAUACGCAAGAAUACCCUUCCAGAGUGAUUCUAGUUCUGCCCGAAAAUGUUGGACGACAUUUCUCUGCCCGUUGCAGUUUCGAUAUGACACGUCACAUCACAAUGUUUACAUACAGCCUCGUCACAUACAUAUCUGUUGCCCAAUUUUGGGGUAUUUCUCGGGGAAAAUUUGCAGACUGACAGGAUAUUCCUUUUAACUCUAUUUUGCGACUAUCUUGUGACGAAAAAAAAAAAAAAAUUUACCCCCACUAUGACACUUGCAGCAGUUACAAUGUUACCCCGCGACCCUUCGGUCGGUAAUUCAGAUGCAGCUCAGGAUCUGUAUGGGAUCGGUGUGCGCGUGGGGUUCUAUCUCCAAGCGCUAGGUAUGAUUCUUUACAACUACAGCAUCAAGGAAGACUAUGGCAAGGGUUUGAAGAUAGCCUCGGGUAGCAUCACCCUUUCCCUUUUGGCGUCGUGGUAUGUAUUUGCCGCCCAAGGGUUGUUUAGUCCGAGUGAGGCUAUUAUGGUGCUGCUUAUCGUGAUGAGUUUGUCUCUUCCCGCAAAAGUGACCCUGUUAAAUCCACGGAAUGUCGUCGGGGAAACGAUCGGCCUGAUAACCCUGGUCCUGGUUGAGCUGGGAACUUGUGCUGCCUUACUGUGGACAUUCGCCCGUCUAAUCCAUACCCUCCCUCGACUGCAAACUCCCAAUAUCAUUUUUUUCUUCGCUCCGGUGUCUAUUACUGGCUGGUUUCAAUAUGUCGCAUUGGUUGUUUGCACAGUUGAUGCCCUCUUUUCCCUGCCGUAUGUGUACAAGGUGGCGCGCGUCAUCGAAAUAUCAUGGCGCUUGUACCGCGAAAAUCAUGCAGAAAUCAGCAAGGAAGACGGAGAGAAGAUCCAUGAGGAGAAAUACCGACAGAUUGCUGAAAGGAUCGAUUGGGAAAACCAUCGAAAGGGAAUCGCGAUACUACGCUGGCUGGCAUGGAUUCUGGUAAUUAUCGCCGUUGAAACAACCAUUUACUGGAAUCAAUUAUCGCCGCUGAACGAUUUUCAGUCACCCGGACAGCUGAUACCCCUGGUCGCUGGUAUCGUCAUAUUCAUCGACAGUGUCUUUGAAGCGGGGCCCAACAUACUCGCCCACGUCGAAGAACAGUUCCGGAAAAUCCCUGACCGUUGGGCUCUGGUUCGCGCCGGGUUUGAUCAAACAUUUCAGUGGCUUAGACUUAGGAUCUACGGUUCUGUCCGGGAGUGGGUGAAAAAACAACGAAUCUUUACCCAACGAAGGACUGAAGAAGUUGCAGAGGGGUUGCAAGUUUGAAUGUCGGUUACCCCGCUGUUUCGGCGGUGUGAGAUGUAGUCAAUCAUUGAUACUGCAUCAUGCACGAUUUCCAUUCGCCCUAUGUCCCUCCUUCCCCUUUCUCGAAACGAAAGCUGUUGAACUAAACAUCUUCGUCAGUAUCAGAUCUUACCCGGUCAACCAAUACAUACCCUGGCUUGUUUAUUUCCGA